AUGGGAGAACCACUGAAGUUCAAGAGUGACCGGUCUAUGGGAGAACCACUGAAGUUCAGGAGUGACCGGUCUAUGGGAGAACCACUGGAGUUCAGGAGUGACCGGUCCAUGGGAGAACCACUGAGCUUCAGGAGUGACUGGUCUAUGGGAGAACCACUGAAGUUCAAGAGUGACCGGUCUAUGGGAGAACCACUGAGCUUCAGGACCGGAGCGGCUGCAGAGGUCUCCAGUGGUCCGCACCAUCGCACAGGCCAGGACUCUGUAUUUAAGUGCCUGGAGAAGGACCUCUCCACUUUUGUCCAGGAGGAGCUGAAGAAGUUCCAAAGGCUUCUGAACACAGAUUACCCAGAAUGCUUAGAGCCUGUGGAGGAUAAGGAGCAGAGGAGCAGCAGUGAGGCGCUCCUGAAGAUCACACUGAACUUCCUGAGGAGGAUGGACCAGAAGGAGCUGGUGAGCGUCUGUGGAGCAAGUCCUCACUGUAAACUGGAGACGCUCAGUCUGUCAGGUUGUUUGGUGUCAGAGGAAGGCUGUGCUUCUCUGGCCUCAGCUCUGAGGUCCAACCCCUCCCAUCUGAGAGAACUGGACCUGAGCUACAACCAUCCAGGAGACACAGGAGUAAAGCUGCUGUCUGCUCUGCUGGAGGACCCCCACUGCACCCUGCACACUCUCAGACUGGAGCAUUCUGGACCUCAGUGGUUAACUCCAGGACCCAGAAAGUAUCUCUGUGAUCUCACUCUGGAUCCAAACUCCGCUCACACAAACCUCAAACUGUCUGACAACAACAAGAAGUGGUCCAGGAUAGCCGGCCCGCGUGGGUCGGUGGGCAGAGCCGUUUGUGACGGGGCCGGGGCGCGGCCAACAAGGGUCGCCCCUCUCCCAUCUCGCUAA